AUUUGUUUGCCACAUAGUUAAAAGGUCUAGAAAGACAGAUUAAAAUUGUAGCAGAACAUAAAGAACUUAACCGGGAUAAGUGGUCAGACAUUGAUGUUACAUCAUGGCCAGUUAUAGAAAAGAUUACAAAGCAAAUGCAAACCGAUGGGUAAAAUUCUUGUGACCAUUACUUUACAGAAUUGAUUGUGUUUGUUUUCAUAUACAUAGAAACUCACCUAUUGUUUUUAAAUUAUGUUUAGGGUUUCUUGCGGUCUAUGGAUGGUGAACUAUAUGGAAUAUUGGACAGGGUCUUCUCUGUCUAAUAACAUAACUCAGAACGAUAUAACAAAGUUUAGAUUUAAGCUACCUGCAAUAUUGUGGAACUCAAGAUUAAACACAAAGAAAGGACAUCAAGAGACUAACCAUCAUGCAGAUGAAGAUGGAGGAAGUUCAUGUGAUGUUGAGAUAAUCAAGACUCCUUGUGAGUUACCUAUAUCGUUAAAUGCAUCAUCCCAGGUUCAACCAUUUAUAUCGUCAUGUGCUCUGCCCGCUACAUUAACAUCAACAAACACACAAGAACUGAUGAGUGCAUUAUGCACAUACAUCAUGGAGAUAGACGACGCCGAAUAUUUGGAGAAACAUUGGAUUCAGAGCACCAAGCCUUAUCCAAUUUCUUUAAGUCUUCAACAGCUUAAAAAUAUAUUGGAUGUAAAUAAACCGAUGGAUAAGGAUUGCUUCAACAUAGCUGUUCGGAUGAUCGCAUGCAGUGAUGCCUUGUUCUUGUUGGAAAACAAAUACCACUACAUGGAUCUACAGUUCUGUGUAUGUUGAUUAGUGAUUAAACUAUUUUCAUAUAAAUAUGAUCAUUAUAUUACUAUAUUUUACUAACAUGGUAAUAAACAGUCCAUAACUAAUUAUGGUCAAGACCCUCGCCUUCGUGCAAAGCUAGAUACCAAUGUAUUGGCGAAUUUAUUUGAAUGUUGGCCUGACAUGGAGUAUACUAUUUCAGAUUGCAGCCAAAUUCUAUUGCCCUUUUGUUUCUUGGGUCACUUCAGUUUAUAUGUAUUUAACAUGAACACCAGAAGCAUCUAUAUAAUGGACUCCAUGCCUCUACCAUCAUGGUUUAAGGGUAACGAUCCAAGCAUGCAUUAUAUUCACAAAAUACAUAAUAUUGCCAAUAAUAUGAAUGUUGCCAUGAAAUUGGCUAAUCCUACAUGGAAAGACGAUAUUUAUAUGUGGCGUCGUAUAGUACCAUCAUGGGUUCCAAAAACAUUAAACUGGGAUUUAUCAGGCUUUCUUGUUAUCAACUUUAUGCACUCGUGGAAUGGUAAAAGGUUACCCUGCAUUUCCACUACUUCAAGUGUACUGAGGACCAAAUUCUUGGUAGAGUUGAUGAAGUACCAGGACAAUGAAUGUAAUGACAAUAUUCCAGAAGAAAUACAAAAGAUUAUUAAGCGCAUCAGUGUUUAGUUGGCUUUAGAUAUACGUGAUUUAUUUGUAAAUACUCGAGUUUAUGAUAAAAACAAAGAUUUAGAAUUUUUGCUCACUUGUUAUUCCUGUCCUUUUAGUAUGAAUUUUAA